UUCUAUUGUCAAAAGAAAAAGAAAAUUCAGAGAGUCAAGUGGUCUGAUUUGUCACGUUUAAAUAUUUUUGUAUGUACGAGAACAGGAUUCUUUCAUCGGGAUUACGUUAUAGCGAAAGAAUCUAUUAAACUCGCCCAAGAAUAGUAAUAACAAUACGUUGGUCAGGUGAACUCAUGGUAAGCCUAAUGCCCAUGAACGGCGAAGUCGAGCCGUACUCCGUGAUCCAAUUUACGUGCAACUAUGACUACCCAGACACGUUUUACAUCUAUUUUAAAUUGUCGUCUCUCAAUGGACUUCCCGUAACUGCGCGGAGCGGCGAAAUCGGCCCGAUAAUCAAGACAGAGAAGGGAGCUGCCCGCUCUUGGACCGUUCACGUAGGGCGCACCGCCUGCAAUGUGGAGUGUCACAUCGUAAAUUACCGUGGCAAAGAAUUGGUCAAGAUCGUGACAUCGAUUACGCCAGGUUUGACGGACUACAUAGGCGAGAGCGCUUUCGUAUCUUGUCCCAUCCAUUGACGGGUGAUUCAUGGCGAGGGAGAGCACUCGGAUCAUCAUUUUGCAACCAUGUCUGCGUUGUCGCUAGGUCAUCGUAGAUCAUCAUCGUAGAUCGUCACCGAGUUUGGUGAAGGCAUUUCGUCGGGUUUUGUAGUUGCACUUAUUCAUCUUUAUGACUACGGGAAAACUUUUCCUCUGUUCGCGGACAUUUUGUCGAUGUGAAAAUAUGUGUACUGUAGUAGUUAAUACUGAAUGAUCAUUCUUCGAAAUAACCGAUCAUUGUAAUGAUGUCUCGUUAAGAUGUGAUGGUGAUUGUGUCCCUGUGUUAUGGAUAAAUAUUGCUUAUUCAUUACAGUGUAGAAAUGCCAAAUUCAAUAACGUCCAUACUGUUGUUCAAUAACGUCGUUACUGUUGUUAUUCAUUAAUUAUUCAUCACUUUAUUGUUAUAUGCUAAAUUUGUAAUUUU